GAGCGUUCAGGGACGAGUGCUGCGGUUCUUGUUAUCAGCCACACCGCCAAAGAGUGACUUCAGAGCCGACACUGCAGGCGUCAGACGGGCUGAACUGUCGCAUGACAUUUGCAUUUCAUUGUAGAAAUCCAACAGUUAACAGAUGAGCCAGCAAAGACAGAAGUCACUAUGGAGGCCUGGACUGCUGCUCUUCCUGCUCUGGAUCUCUCUGCAGCCAGACUCCCUCCACCGGGCGUCAGCCGUCAAGCUGCGGCACUUCAUCGGCUGCGCUGUCCGGGAGUUCACCUUCCUGGCCAGGAAGCCCGGCUGCGGGGGGGUGCACGUCACCACCGAUGCCUGCUGGGGGCGCUGUGAGACCUGGGAGAAGCCCGUCCUGGACACGCCCUUCAUCGAGUCCUACCAGAGGGUUUGUACCUACAACGAGACGCGUCUGGUCUCUGUGAAGCUGCCCAACUGUCUGCCAAACGUGGAGCCCACCUUCACCUACCCCGUGGCCCUGAGAUGCGACUGUGGAGUCUGUCUGACCAGCACCACCGAGUGUAUAACAUCUGUCUGA